AUGUCGCGGCGCAUCUGGGGUCAGGUGGAGGACACCUUCGAGAGUUUCAUUCUCGGGAAGAAUUUGCUCAAUCUUGACCCACCCGAGGGUCCUUCGGACCGUACUGAAAAUGACGUAGUCGGCAAAACCUACAUCUACGAGACCCUGAAACAAGACCGCAAGGCAUUUCGCCUGCUGGAACUCCUCCCAGGAUCCCGCCAAGACGAUAUUGCGUGCACCCUUACGGAGCACUGUUUGGACGACUGCCAUGGGAAGUAUGACGCGUUAAGUUACGUUUGGGGCGACGCGUCUGUUACUACGCCCAUCCAAGUAAACGGAGAUACUUUAAUGGUCACUACCAACCUGCGGGCUGCGCUUCUGAACUUGCGAAAAAUAGACCAACCUUAUACCCUUUGGGUUGAUGCGGUUUGCAUCGAUCAGGGCAAGGUAUCCGCGGGCAAGACAUCAGAGAGGAACCAUCAGGUCUCCAUCAUGGGAGACAUCUAUCGAAAUGCGGCGCGUACUGUUGUGUGGUUCGGAAACGCCCGGCACCCCUUUACAGAGCAAGCAUACAGCAUGAUGGAAGUGUUAGCAACGGAAGCAGAGUCUCGAGAACAAGGCAACGCCGCGAAUGGCUCCAACUACUCGCUGCCGUCGUUGCUAAGCGCCGAGCGGAUCGAAAGCCCCAAUUUUGACCGAUUCAAGGACGAUGUUAGCAUUCUGCAUCUCGCGUCUGCCGACUGGUGGCACCGCACCUGGACGGUCCAAGAAGUGCUGCUUGCCUCCGAGGUCGUGGUUGUGACGGGUACUUUUUCCAUGAACUGGGAACGCUUCUGCGCUGCCAUCGACCACGGUCUCGCCGUCGGCAUAUGGAACCCUACGUUAGUUGGAAUAAUCCUCGAUCCCAUCGUCGUUCCGUAUUUGUCGAUGAGGGCCCUGCGAAAGCGGAUACUCUCGCCCCUUGAAAGCCCAGCCGACCCUCAGCCCACCGCAGCACUCGUGUCCAGGCUCUUCGAGCUCUUGGUCCGGUGUCGCUUCCGACUAGCGUCAGAUUCUCGAGACAAGGUCUACGCCCUCCUUGGCAUGAUCAAGAACGAAGGCCAAGCAGACAACCCGCUCGGGAUUGAAGGUGACUACCGCCUCUCUGAGACCGAAGUUUACCGUCACACUGCGCGCCAACUGCUUCUCCAAUCCUCCAGUCUCGACCUCCUCGGUGCCAGCACUCCCACGCCAACUCAAUCCCACCCCUCCUGGGUCCCGGACUGGAGUAACACCGGUAACGGCCCUUUCCUCCUUAUGUACGACGCUCGUGGUGUUAUCCGAGAAACCCAUGCCAGCCGCCACACCCCUUCUGUCCCCCGUUUCCUCGACCACGCACUCCUCCUCGCGGGCCAUGAACACACCCCGGUACUACGCCUUGCCCCGGUUCUUCAUCGUCUGCAGCGCCACAGCGAGGACAAUCCCAUCAUUAAACGUGGUGACACCAUUGCUGAGCGGCUGUCCGCCCUCGGUCAGGUGUUUUCCUACUUUUCGCACGUUUAUUGGGAGCUGUCAGCCGUCAUCCCCCAUCUCGGAACAUUUCGGGACUGGGAGGAACUCGCCAAAGAAGGGAGGAAAUCGAGGGUUCGUGCCGGGGGUGUCGCGGUACGGGAACGGGAUGGGGAAGACGAACAGGGUGGGUAUGAUCCGUUGGCCAUAUAUUGGCAGACCUUGUGCACCGGGACCAUGGCGGCUGGGGGCGGCAAGACGGAGACGGCCAGGUUGUUUUAUGCUUGGCGAGCUAGUCUCAAGUCAAUUUUCCGACUGCGGAAAUGGCACGCCGAUAGUUUAUUGCGGCCGUUGGCAUUUGUCGGGUACUUGAUGAAGACGUGGGGGGAGUACAGCGCAUUCGCAGGGUUGCUAGAGCAUGUGUAUGAACGGCGGCUAGGUCGGGGCGCAGAUGGGUCGUUGAUGCUGUUGCCGGAACGGACUGAAGUCGGGGAUGUGUUGGUCUUGGUGAAAGGGGGCAGGCAGCCCUUGGUGUUGAGACAGGACCCGAACGGCGGGCAGGGAAACUAUACGUUCGUCGGCGAAGCCUUUGUUUAUGGGUGCAUGGACGGGGAGAAAUUUGAGGAGGGCAAAUGCGCAGAUAUGAGAAUUCGUUGA